UCAAAAAAAUGAUAAUAUGGAUGGAGAGAAUUUUAAGUGGACCAACGAGUACGUAGUGUUCUUUUGUGAGAUUUGUAUCAAAUAUAUUCGAAAGUAUGGGCGUGGAUUAAUGAAAUGGAAAGAAAUUAAAGAAGAAUUUGAAGUUACCGCCAAACGGAAAAUUGCACAUAGAAGUUUAAAGAAUAAGUGGGAUGCUAUGAAAAAAGAAUGGAGAACUUGGAAGCAACUGAAACGUGAAGAAACUGGUUUAGGGUGGGAUCCUAGUACACAUAAGAUUAGUGGUUUUGAUGAAUGGUGGGAGAAAAAAAUCAAGGAGAACUCCGAGUAUAAAAAAUUUCGUAAUAAAUCCAUCGAUCCUGCAAUGGAUGAUUUGUGGUCUAAAUUACUUGAAGAUAGCUAUGCAAAUGGUGAAGGUUGUGUUGCACCCACUAUGGAUCCUCAAUUAGUACAACCUGUGGAUAUUGAGGAAGAAAAUAUAGAAAGUGAAGAAGAGAAUAGGACUAGGCAAGGAUUUGAAGAUUUGUUAUAUUCUCAGGAUAACCAACAUUCUUUCCAAUUGCAUGAUUUGGAGGUAGAUGAGUCUUCAUUUUGGAAUAAUUUCAUGAGUGAGAAACUCAAAAUAUUGGUCUUAAACGCACUCAAAUGAAGCGUAAGAGGAGACAAUCGGGAGGAACAGCUCAACUUUCUAGUCAAUUGGAUAGUUUGAUUUCAAAUUCAAAUCGGACAUGGGACGUUUUAAUAGGGGAUAAUACUGUGAAUACUCAAAGUAGUACAAGUGUUAGUCUUGCUGCAACAAUAAGUAUUAUUAACGGCAUGGUUACUGAUGGUAUUAUGGAAAAAAGGUGGAGAUUUGUGGUGCUUUUCUCUCAGCUUGCUUAAGGAUGAUUUGAAUAGGGAAUUUUUUUUUAAAAUAUUGAUGAUGACUUCUCUAGGAAAGCUUGGUUGAAGUAUAUGCAUGAUACAAGCAAGUGAAUGCUCAUUUUAUUUCAAUAUGUUUCGUUGUAAUUUCAAUUUGACAUUUGUGUGUUUGAACAUUAUAUUAAUUUUUGUAUGAAUUA